AUGGAAAAAGUCCAAGAAAAUGAUAAAUCUCGUCGUUUAAUUAUAAUAUCAUUUUGGGUGAUAAUAUUAAUUGGUCUUCCUUUAUGGUGGAAGACUACAGAAGUGUAUCGAGCUCAACUUCCGUUUGCGGAAAUAGAAGAAUGGUCUAAAUGGGAGGCCUUUGAUCUAGAUUUUCCCACUACUUUUAUUUUACAUAUUGCUGAUGUGAAAUCGGAUGUGAAUGAUUAUAAAAUUUUUUCUAACAUGAUUGAAAAUUCAAUUAUGUCGAAAUAUAACUUGAUUAAUUCAACCCAUAAUGAUACUGGUUAUCCUAAACCUAUUCGUUUUCCAGUUAAGAUUGAAGUGGUUAAAUGGAAUGAUUGGAUGAAUGCUGUUAAAGAGGGUUUCAAUUCCGAUUUAUUAAAUUUUUUGGUAAAUAAAAAUGGACAAUAUGGCUUUUAUAUUUUACCGGGAAAUAAUUCAAAAACUAGAGUAUUGGUUGGAAAUCAAAGACAAGCAAUUGUUGAAAUAGGGCAUUGGGAUAUUGGCAAGCAUUUUAUUUUACUUGAUAUUUUAUUUUUACCUGAGCAAGCUGCCAUAAAGAAAUUUAUAAGAGGGCCAUCUGCUGAAGCAAAGGUAGAUGUUGAUAGUAUGAGAACAAUGAAAUAUUCUCCAAUGUAUCAAGUAACUUUUAGUCUCAUGAAUGGUGAUCCUUCAACUCUACUUGUGGAUUGGGAUAUCAAACAAGCAGUUGUUAAAUAUUUAAGGCCCUUUGUCGACAAGAUUUCAAUGAUUUCCAAUUUAACUGUGGAGUCACAGAUUCAACAUUAUGCACGAUUAACUUUUGAGCCACAAAAAAAUUUACAUAAUGAUGAAAACUACUUUUAUCUUACACCAGAUUUAUUGCCUCAUUUCAUUAAUGCAGCAGAAUGGAAUCUUGCUUCGGCUGUAUCGUCUUAUCCAACACUUAAUUUUAUUUUGUAUGUUCCUUCCAAGGAUCAAAGUCCAUUAUACAUUAAAGAUUCAAAAGGAAAUAUUAUAGAAAACAAUGCUUUUCUAAUACCAAGAUGGGGUGGUGUAAUAAUUAAUAAUCCAGAUCGGUCUGUAGGAACUCAUAUGUUUACUUUUGAUGAAUUAAAGUCAGUCAUGUCCAUAUUUAUUAUGCAACUAAGGGGGUUACUUGGAGUUCAAGAUUUUUGGAUGGAGGCUAGAUCUGCAUUGGAUUCAUCAAUAAGUGUUGAUUUUAUGUCCCCGCCGAACACAGCUAUUACAAUGUGGGAACUUGAUAGCCUCAUACGAAGGCGCAUUGCUGAAAACAUUGUUUCAACGAUUUCAACCUUGAAAUCAUUAUCUCAAUUGGUUGCGGAGAUUCCAAAUAUGGUAGUACUUGAUCAUAUACAAACUGAGGUUUUGUUAGCGCUGGAUAGCUUGAAAAAGUCAUGUAUAAGUUUGCAUACUGGGCAGUACGAAAUAGCUUUGCAACAUGCAAAAGAAGCAAUAGAAAGGGCUGAAACAGCAUUUUUUGAUCCCACAAUGGUAUCAAUGCUUUAUUUUCCAGAUGAACAUAAAUAUGCUAUUUAUAUGCCUUUAUUUUUUAGAAUGGUAGCCGGAUUAUUAGGUAGCGGCCUUGUGAUCACCGACGAUAAUCAAAAAUUAUUAAGCGCGAUAUGGCCGGGUCGGGUUUUACAACUGUUUAUAAUUCCUGAAACACCCUUACAACAUUUCGCUGCCUUCACAGCAUUUACAGCAUUUACAACAUUUAAAAUGGCUAGAAGAGAUAUUGAUAGAUCAUUCUCCAUUCCGGAUUCCUCUUCUCAACCACCUUCGCAGUUGCUUCAAGAAAUUGUUUCACAAGUCGAAGCACUGCAGAACGAAACAAAUAAUAGGAAAGAUCAGAUCAUCGAAUCUCUCCGACAGAGAGUUUCGAAAUUAGAGGCCGAAAAUGCACGCCUCAAAACCAUUAACAGAUUGUUGUUGUAUAAGAAUGAUGGGCUCUUCAUUUGGUUCCACAACUCUGAAAAGCCACAGAGUCCGCCGUCAGAUUGUAAAAGAAGACUAAUGAAUGAUAAUCAAUUCUACAAAAAUCGAUCUUUGACUGUUAUAAGGAAGAACCAUAACUGA